AUGGUCGAGGGAGAGAGACCUGACUAUCGUGGAUCCUCUGGGGAGCCUCAACUACAUCAUGACACUGACGAGGCAGAGAAGAGUCUCUCCACAUCAGAACAUCUCAAGAAACAGCAGCGGAAACGCACAGGGAAGAAACCUCACCACUGCUCAGACUGUGGGAAGAGUUACUCAAGAUCAGAUGCACUAAAAGCACACCAGAGAAUUCACACUGGAGAAAAAUCUUAUAGCUGUGAUCAAUGUGGGAAGAAUUUUGCUACGUCUAGCAAGCUGACUAUUCACCAGAGAAAACACACAGGAGAGAAAUCUUUCCACUGCUCAGACUGUGGGAAGAGUUACUCAAGAUCAGAUUCACUAAAAGCACACCAGAGAAUUCACACAGGGAAGAAGUCUCACCACUGCUCUGUCUGUGGGAAGAGUUACUCCAGAUCAGAUUCACUAAAAGCACACCAGAGAAUUCACACUGGAGAGAAAUCUUUCCACUGCUCAGACUGUGGGAAGAGUUACUCAAGAUCAGAUUCACUAAAAGCACACCAGAGAAUUCACACUGGAGAAAAAUCUUAUAGCUGUGAUCAAUGUGGGAAGAAUUUUGCUACGUCUAGCAAGCUGACUAUUCACCAGAGAAAACACACAGGAGAGAAAUCUUUCCACUGCUCAGACUGUGGGAAGAGUUACUCAAGAUCAGAUUCACUAAAAGCACACCAGAGAAUUCACACUGGAGAAAAAUCUUAUAGCUGUGAUCAAUGUGGGAAGAAUUUUGCUACGUCUAGCAAGCUGACUAUUCACCAGAGAAAACACACAGGAGAGAAAUCUUUCCACUGCUCAGACUGUGGGAAGAGUUACUCAAGAUCAGAUUCACUAAAAGCACACCAGAGAAUUCACACUGGAGAAAAACCUUAUAGCUGUGAUCAAUGUGGGAAGAGUUUUACUACAUCUAGCCAGCUGACUAUACACCAGAGCAAGCACACAGGAGAGAAACCUUACAACUGCUCUGACUGUGGAAAGAGUUUUGUUAUAUCAGGAUAUUUAAAAUCACACCAGAGAAUACACACAGGAGAGAAACCUUAUACCUGUGAUCAAUGUGACAAGAGUUUUAGUCACUCAAGCAGCCUGAUAGUACACCAGAGAACACACACAGGAGAGAAGCCUUAUAGCUGUGAUCAAUGUGGGAAGAGUUUUACUGAAUCUAGUCAGCUGACUAAGCACCAGAGAAAACACACAGGAGAGGAAAUCUUACCACUGUUGUGACUGUGGCAAGAGUUUUGUUUUGUCAGGACUUUUAUAAAUAACACAGGAGAGAAGUCUUACCUUAACCACACUGCUAACCCUAAUGCCUAACCUUAACCACACUGCUAACCCUAAUGCCUAAACCUAACCUUAACCAUACUGCUAACCCUAAUA